GCGACGACGAAGAACAGCAACAGCAACAUGGCGUGAGAGGUGGUUGAAUUUGGGGGUGUUCCCUGAUGCCCGCUCAUGAUGACGAGUGAGCCUGCCAGCGUGGAGAGGCUUUGCGUGCUCUUUCAGAACGAUGAUUACAUUGUGGUGGACAAGCACUGGGACAUCCGCAUUGAUAGCAAGAUGUGGUAUGAAAAAAACACCGUGCAGGCCCAACUCCGACAUCGCUUCCCUCAGCUGGCAGACUCCAGCACAUAUUACGGAUUCAGGUUCUGUCACCAGUUGGAUUUCUCCACCAGUGGCGCCCUCUGCGUUGCCCUCAAUAAAGCCGCUGCUGGCCAGGCGUACCGCUGCUUCAAGGAGCGCACUGUCACCAAGGCCUACAUCGCUCUGGUAUAUCGAUGCAGUACACACUCUCGUAUCACCCUAUGUUGUGUGCAUGUUUGUUUUGCUUUGCAGAUCCGAGGCUGGGUGGAAGAGGAGACACAAACUCUGGACUUUUCCAUUGGCAAGAAUACAUCAGAGGGCAAAACACAUAUGAUGUGUAUUGAAGGAACAGACGGUUGUGAGAAUGCCAAACCAUGCCAGACUGAGCUGACGGUGUUGGAGUAUGGCCUAUACGAUGGAGAUCCUGUCACCAAGGUUCUGCUACAGCCUCUCACAGGACGAACCCACCAGUUAAGGGUCCACUGCAGCGCAGUUGGCCACCCCAUCGUCGGGGACUUCACCUACAGCUCAGGAGCAGACGACGCCCCCUUCCGCAUGAUGCUGCACGCCCACCUCCUCCACAUUCCCCUGGACCCGCACCCCCUGCUCGUAUGCGCGGGUGACCCCUUUCUCCCGUCUGUGGACCCCAAAUGGCUUCCGCAGCGCAGUUUACGACCCCUGAAAGCCACUGUGGACGCCCUACUGGAGCACAGGGUGGAGGAGCAAAGACGAGCCAAAGAGCAGGAGAGAGAAAGAGUGAGACAGAAGGAGAAGAGGAGAAACCAAAGGAGGAAACAGGAGAGUGAGGAGCAGAGGAAGCAGUGUGAGGAGUGGCUGAGAGAAUGGGCUGGAGAUUAGUAUUGUUAUUAAAAAUGUGUAUCUACUGUGUUAUGCCGCAUGACGGACUAGUGGUUAGCACGUCACAGUCUGGUGACACAGGUCAUUGACCAUUUGUCUGAUCAUUAUAAAACUGACACAAUUUCUGUGUUACGUGUAUGCUAGCAUGUCUUCCAAAGCAUUUUGAGCACAACCCAUAGGGGGCGCCAUAUUCCAUUUACUGCACAGUCACUGCAAUACAUACCUGAAAUACAAUCAGUUCUACGCAUGUGCAGAACACCUCUACAUGCGGUCAACCUGUCAACGUGUAAUGUACGCCGUCCGUCGAUCUAUUUUACGCCAGCAGUAUACCCCCACCCCACACACACACACGAUUUCUAAGAUUUGAGAAAUUACAACAUAAUGUUAUAUCUAUGGUGCAAGUGGAUAAUUUAUAAGCCCUCUUUUCUCGGUUCCAUAAAUUAUUUUACGUUUUUUUUCGUCACUGAAAAUAUACACACACAAGCAUUUGCUAAGAUGAUAUGUUUGGAUGGUUGGUAUUUCUCCGUUUAGAAAAAAACCCUCCUCUAGAUGAAUCCAUCACUACACUCUGCUUAUGUUUGUUUACAUUGAAAUGCAUUUCCUAUGUUUUAAUCUAUUUAUUUAUUGACGUUUACAUAACCGGAUAUGACGUUUAGGUCUGCGCUCCGUGCAUUGCCCAAGUUUUUACGUAUCUCAGUCAUGGUGGAUGUGACAAUAGUGACAUUAGCAUACAGUAUACCUGUAUGUUCAUACAUUUAUCUACCACAGCACGUAACGUUGCAGAACCGCCGUGCUAAAAAAAAGGAAGUGACGCAGUCUCACGCAUGUGCAGAACCGAGUGGGUUUCCGGUACUUAUUGCUUAGUGACAGCCCGCCAAUGGUGUUACAUUUUUUGUAUAUUUUUCUAAACAUGCUCGAAAUAAACUGACUAUGAA